UUCACAAGUCUGCCACCUCCGAGGACAAGGCCUUGUAGCCAGCAAAAGCCAUGUUCAAGUUCGCCGUGGUCAUUCUGCUCUGCGCUGCAGUCAGCUACGCGCACAUGCCGGACGUGUUUGAAGGCUGCAUACGGUAUCGCCGUCACCGUGAGGAGCCAAGCAAGUGCACUUUGGCACCCCCGCGUGAAAUUAAGGGCAGCACCAGCUUUGUGCACUUCGCGCACGAAGCCCUAAAGAAAGGCGGAAUCCAACCGAGCAGCGGCAACCUCAACACUCUCCUUCGUAUCACUCGUGGAGCACGUCAGAACUACAGGGAUCUCUCCAAGGAAGUCAUCAUCCGGGUGGAAUUCAAGACCACUCCAAGCAGCUGCGUCAUCCCGAGCAACUACUCAGUUGAUCAGUGCCUGCCCAUUGCCUACAAGCCAAAUGGGCUGUGCCAGGCAAAGUUCAGAUUCUAUCGAGACACUUCAGAGAUCCAGACCGCUUGGUGCAAGCCAUACAUGCUAACGUGCCGCCAAGCAAGAUUCCGCUUUUGUGGCCCCCUGAAGCGCGACAGCGCCAGGCGCGAGCCGCAGACUUAG